UUUCGAUUCCUUCGUUCUUAUCGAGUCUAGAGAACACAAGUCCAAACUUUUUCUUUUUUUUUUGGUCGGUGGGAAGAGGAAAUGGGGAACUGUCAGGCGGCGGAGGCGGCGACGGUGGUGAUCCACAACCCGACGGAGAAGAAGGUCGAGAGGGUCUACUGGUCGGUGAGCGCCAGUGAUGUCAUGGGCUCGCACCCUGGUCACUACGUGGCCAUGGUGAUUACGUCACCCACCUUGACCAACGACAACGGUUCGCCAUUGAAGCAUCUCAAGCUUCUCAGGCCCCACGACACUCUCCUCCUCGGUCACGUCUACCGUCUCGUCAGCUUCGAAGAGGUUCUGAACGAAUUUGCGGCGAAGAAAUGCGUGAAACUUGGGAAGCUGCUGAGAGAAGGAGGAGGGCUUGAACUGAAGAAGAAGAAGGAGAAGAACAGGGACAAACCGGGUCGGACAAACCCGGAUCCGAACCCAAACGAGGAAUCCGACAGGGUGGAAAACCACAUGGUCGCCGGAGAAGGAACCGGAGUAAGCGGCGUAGCCACCGGAACCACCGCCGGCAGUGGCGGGUUCCAGAGGAUGCACGGCGGCACGUGGAGGCCAUCUUUACACAGCAUCCCGGAAAUUGAAGUCUCAUAAACUUCUAUAAAAAAAUAUGUAUAUUCUCAAGCAUCACCAAAAACCAUUAAAAAAAAGUAAAAAUAUGUAUAUUGAUUAUCUAAAGAUUUUCAAGACGGGUAAUUGUUUCAGGAAAGGGUGCUUCAUCUGGCUGUAGAUUUCGAUUUCUUUUUCAUUGAAUGGAAUGCAUAAAGUUGGUCCCGCU